AUGCCAGUGCAGGCGGCCCAAUGGACAGAGUUCCUCUCCUGCCCCAUCUGCUACAAUGAGUUUGACAGCAGUGGCCACAAGCCCAUCAGUCUGGGAUGCUCACACACCAUGUGUAAGACCUGUCUGCACAAGCUGCACCGCAAGGCCUGCCCCUUCGACCAGACAGCCAUCAGCACUGACAUUGACCUCCUGCCCGUCAACUGUGCCCUGCUACAGCUGGUGGGAGCUCAGGUGGGUACAGCACGUGUUGUUGUUGCUGCUGUUCUUCUUCUUUUUCUCAUGAUGAUGAUGAUAUAAUAAUGAUGAUGAUGAUUACGAUGAUGAUGAUGAUGAUAAUGAUGAUAAUGAUGAUGAUUAUAAUGAUGAUAAUGAUGAUUUGUUGUUGUGUUUGUGGUAUGUUCCCAGGUCCUGGAGUCCCAGCCUGUGACUCUGAGCAGUGCUGUGGAGGUAGAGCACUAUGAGGUGUGCAGGGUGUGUGUGGAGGAGCUGGCUCUCUAUCUCAAACCCAUCAGUGGAGGAAAAGGUACUAGAGCAUAGAACUGUGUUGAUAAAUGCAUCUCUGUGUGUGUGUGUGUGUGUGCGAAUGCAUGUGUGUGUGUUUGUGAGUGUGUGUGUGUGUGUGUGUGUGUGUGUGUGUGUGUAGAGGACCACAGCAGUUCCUGUUAUUCUCAGGGUCUGAGAUUAUUGUGGUGGGAAUGUUUGCGUCAGAGCAUGUAGAAGCAGCGACACUCAGGCUACAACCAGGAAACCUAUCCACUCUGUAAGGCGAUACGGAACCUGGGCCCCACACACCAACACAAAGCACAUUAUAUCAAAAGGAAAUGUAAUGAGCUCUGUCGAAAGUAGUUUCAGUUACAUUAGUUUCAAAGGAAUCAUUGAAUUAGAUGACAAGAUUAGAUUAGACAAGAAAAAAGUUAAUUGGCUAAAUGUUUUAAAAAAAGUUAAACUAAUAAUAUCACUUUACCAUCCACCACCUUGACCUUUGGCUCCCCUGCAUGUCAAUUAAUAUUGAGCAUAUAUUUUAUUACAUCUCAUUCUCAGGUAUACAGGACUAGAUUAUCUGUAGCAAUUAUUGCAGGAUGGAGGAUGGGAAAUCCCUCUCCUAGGACCCAUAAAGCGAUGUGUGUGACGGGCAGUAAUCCUUGAAUCCAGUCCUGCUUUCCCAUCAGUGCUUUUAAAAUCCAAUUGCCGUGCCGAAGUGGUCCGUUUAUUGGGUGUAAUUCACCUGGAAAGCUCUCUGUGGCGAGCUGAGAGUGCAGUUAAACUGCUCAGCAGCUCUGUCAACUGUUUUUGUGAUGAUCACAGAAUUAGAGAGGAUACUGUAGUCAUCCAGCCCUGCUCUUUCAUAGACUCACUGUAAUAAAGUGUUUUAAGACACUAGAGGAAUAUAGGAUUAACCUGUUGCUCUGGUAAACAUUAACUGAGUGUGGCAGGGAACUGUCUCUGUGGUAGUAUUUAAGUAGCCUGGUCCCAGAUCUGUUUGGGCUGCCAAUAGGAGUUGGCAAGGCAGCACAAACAGAUCAAGGACCAGGCUAGUAUUUCAGUGUGUGCGGGACCUGUCUUCUGACCUUUGACCUCCCCUCUCUCUACCAUGCAGGUGUGGUGACCCUCAGUCCGAGUGCGCUAAGUCGACCCAUGCAGAGGAAGCUGGUGACACUGGUCAACUGCCAGCUGGUAGAAGAGGAGGGGCGUGUACGUGCGGUGCGGGCGGGCCGGUCUCUAGGGGAACGUACCGUCACAGAGCUCAUCCUGCAGCACCAGAACCCACAGCAGCUCUCUGCCAACCUGUGGGCCGCCGUAAGGGCACGGGGAUGCCAGUUCCUGGGGCCUGGUGAGUGGUGACUGGAUAAUACACCUGUCAAUCAUAUCAACUGAUGAUAAUACACCUGUCAAUCACAUGAUGAACUGAUCUGUUUUGUGAAUGAGUGAUAUCCGUAAGGUUUGCUAUGAGCUGUUGAACCUCAUAUAGACUGGUGUCUUAUGAUGAUUACUCAUAGGGCAGAUUCUGAUUGGGGGAACUCUGUUUCUCACACCUGAUCUGAGUUUUGAGUUUCAAGUCUGAAGACACAUUACAUUUACAUUUGAGUCAUUUAGCAGACGCUCUUAUCCAGAGCGACUUACAGUUAGUGAGUGCAUACAUUUUUCAUACUGGACCCCCGUGGGAAUCGAACCCACAACCAUGGCGUUGCAAGUGCCAUGCUCUACCAACUGAGCUACAGGAGGCCUGUAGACACCAAUGGAAUUGCCAAUAGAACACCCACCCUGGCAUUCAAUAUUAUAAUCUCCCCAUCCCCUCUUACUGUAGUGACAUUAGGCUGAUGUAUCAGAUGUUAUCUACUAGUAUGUACUAUCAGAUAUCUUGCGUUCUAGUACUACAGUACUAUGUAAUUUGUGUAUAAUAAAAGUUGUCUGUAUCGUCAUCCAGCGAUGCAGGAGGAUGCUCUAAAGCUGGUGUUGCUGGCUCUAGAGGAAGGCUCAGCUUUGUCCAGGAAGGUGCUGGUGCUGUUUGUGGUCCAGAAGCUGGAGGCUAGGUUCCCUCAGGCCUCCAAGACCUCCAUUGGACACGUAGUCCAACUGCUCUACAGAGCCUCCUGCUUUAAGGUAAGACAUAUUGUAUUGUAUAUUAUGUUGUAUAUUGUAUGUAAUGUUUGCGCUCACAUGCAUGUAUGAUGCACUCACACACACACGCACGCGCACGCACACACACACACACACACACACACUAUAGGGAUGAUAAAGAGGACACUGAUUCAGCGGUUUCACCUAAGUGCUAUAAAACGAUAACUUUAUCUUACUUACACUGCUAUAGACAUCAAUACACACUAUGCUGUACCACCAAUCACAUUUGAUUAAUGAACCACACUUACGUAAGAGUGACUCUGUCUGCCAUCUUCUGCCUCUGGCACUUAUGAUGCCCAGCAGUGGAAAAACCUUCUGAGUGUCACUUACCAUGUGCACAGAUGGUGUUCCUGAAUGUCUCUAAGAGAUAAAAAAAAAUAACAGAUCUUUGGUUUAGAUGUAAAUAGCCAAUUAUGGCAAAUUAGCUGAGAAUGGAAACACAUUAAACGACUCAAAAUGGUCCUCUCCAUACUCAAUGAAUGUCUGAAAACUCCAAGUGAUAGAAAAAAACAGUCUGCUGGUGACAAGGAAGUGUGUGUGUGUGUGUGUGUGUGUGUCUGUGCGUGUGUGUGUGUGUGUGUGCGUGUGUGUAUGUGACAGUGUUGUCAUUUGGAGAUGAGAGACAGGCAGGCAGGCAGGCAGGCAGACAGACAGACAGACAGACAGACAGACAGACAGACAGACAGACAGACAGACAGACAGACAGACAGACAGACAGACAGACAGACAGACAGACAGACAUACAGACAGACAGACAGACAGACAGACACAGACAGACAGACAGACACAGACAGACAGACAGACAGACAGACAGACAGACAGACAGACAGACAGACAGACAGACAGACAGACAGAAGACACAGGUCUGUUUUAGCUGCAAGGGUCCUAAGAUAGAGAUACACACACAUUUAUGAACAUACUGUACAUCCUCACAUUAAUAUACUUAUACUUUUGAUUUCACAUAACACUGGCCUGGUGUCUUAUGAUGAUUACUCAUAGGGCAGAUUCUGAGUGGGGGAACUCUGUUUCUCACACGUGAUCUGAGUUUUGAGUUUCGAGUCUGAGGACACCUGGCAAAUGUCUGCCAGUCAUAUGAGAGUGAUGCAAUGACAUUUAGGCUGGCUGGAUGUUUUUCUCUGAGCAUAUCACAGUAUAUCACAACUGUAUGGCCUCCCCCUCUCCCCUCCUCUCCUCUAUCCCCUCCCUCCCUCCCCUAUCCUCCCCCUCCCUCCCCGCCCCAGGUGACAAAGCGUGACGAGGACUCGUCGCUGAUGCAGCUAAAGGAGGAGUUCCGUACCUAUGAGGCGCUGCGCCGCGAGCACGACGCCCAGAUCGUACACAUCGCCAUGGAGGCGGGGCUCCGUAUCUCACCUGAGCAGUGGUCCUCUCUGCUCUACGGAGACCUCAUCCACAAGUCACACAUGCAGUCUAUCAUUGAUAAGGUAUGCUGCCUGUGUCCCCAUCACUGUAUCACUUAGCUCAUCAUACUAAUCAGUCAAUCAUCGCCAAAGUACUAUACAGCCCUCCAUUUUUCACUUAUGAGAUUCGAGAUCAAUGGGUACUGGACAGCUUCCUGACUCAUGUGCUUCAAGAUCAACAUCCCUUAUCUCACUCACUGACUAAUACCUCAUUCAGUCAGUGGUUGACAAGGCAACCAUCUCUGCCAUCCCAACAUUUUACCUUUGUAUGCUGCAUUACUAUGACAUACUGCACUUGCUUUCUCCCUGUAAGAUACUCUAAAUGGCCAUACAUGUAUACAUCCCUACACAUCCCUUUUUCUCUCUCUCUUGGGUUGGUGGUCACUCCCCCAGCUCCAGUCCCCAGAGUCCUUUGCUAAGAGUGUCCAGGAGCUGAUUAUAGUUCUACAGAGAACAGGAGACCCUGCUAACCUGAACAGCCUCCGACCACACCUGGAACUACUGGCCAACAUCGACCACAACCCAGGUAGAUACAGUACGAUCAAGCCACAACUUUGAGGUCAGGGCCUAGAGAACCUAGCAGCUUCCCCAGGCAGCUCACUUUAGGUUUAGACCAUCAUAAUGUUAAUGAUAGGACUGGACAGAAGAGGUAAUAUGGUAAUACGUUAUUGAUGCAUUGUACUGAUGCACUGUACUGUGACACCCUAGACUCGUUGAUAUGUAAAGACAUGGGCUGUGAGACAGGUGUGUUCUGUAUAUCUGUUGUAUGUGUUUGUGGGUUUUGUGGGUUUGUUUAGAUGCUACAGACACCUAGUAUUGUUUAGAAACAACUAGAUAGGGAUGUUGAUAUCUGAUGUGUGUGCCAUGUUGUGUGUAGAUGCGACGUCUCCAUCGUGGGAAGAGCUGGAGAGUGUGAUGCUGGCUGUGAAGGUGAUGGUCGAUGGUCUGGUGGAGUUUAUACAGAACUUCAGUAAGAAGAGCCACGAGACACCACAGGUACGGGAGCUGACAGCACUCACACCUACACACACACACGCACGUACGCGAACACACACACCUCUCUUUACUGUAAUAACACCUGUGAAAUAUGCAAACAAAAUAAACCUGUCUGAUAUACUGCAGUCCAUUUGACUAACUCUUGGGUUUACUGUUGUGAGUGACAUGCUGUCUGUUUUUGUCCGUCUCCUCCCCAUGCAGCCACAGCCCAACAGCAAGUAUAAGACUAGUAUGUGUCGAGACCUCCGGCAGCAGGGGGGUUGUCCUCGAGGAUCCAACUGCACCUUCGCACACACACAGGACGAGCUAGAGAAGUGAGUGAGAACACAACCACACUAAUUUGCAUAUGAUGAGACACAGACCUCUGUUCUUAUCAAUGCUUUCCUGUGAACAAACGUUUAAACGAACGAAAAGCAGGGGUGGAGAGAAAACAAGAGAGAAAGCAAGAGCGAGGGGCGAGAGAGAGAGAGAGAGCGAGCCGAGAGAGAGAGCGAGAGAGCAGGAGCGAGGAGAAAAAAAAAGAAGGAGAGAAAGCACGAGAGAGAGCGCGAGAGAGGAGCAGAGGAGAGGAGAGAAAGCGAAGGAGAGAGAGAGAGAGACAAUGAGAGAUGAGUAGAGAGCGAGAGAGAAGAGAGAGAGAGUAGAGCGAGACGAGAGCGAGAGGCCUUCAGAGGGAGAGAGAGAGAGAAAGAGCGAAGUCUCUCUGUCUCUCUACGUCUUCUUUAGAGUCUAGUCUCUCUCUAGAGAGUGGCUCUCUCGCUCUUCAUCUCUCCGCUAUCUAAAUCUCUCUCUCUCUCUCUCUCUACUCGCUCUCUCUCUCCCCCCCCCCUCUCCAAGGUACAGAAUGAGAAACAAGAAGAUCAGUGGCGUAGGCCGGUCCUUCCCCCUAGCCCAGGGGAGUAUGGGUAGUGAGGGAGGCGACUCAGGAGAGGAGGCGUGCGCUGGGGGACUAAAGGGCUCAGACAAGGUGGGGUUGGGGUCCCUAACGGAGCGGUCCACACACCCCCAGCUCAUCCCCAGGGGAGGCGACAUGAUGGAAGAGAUGAAGAGGGAGAGGUCUGUUCUUAACGGAUCCAAUGGAUUCACAGGCUCCAGCCGCUCCUCAUCUGGCUCUAUGGAACAGUAAGACACUUUCACUUACUGACUGUGGUUUCACCUACUGACUGUGGUUUUCACCUACUGUGUAUCGUUAUUCAUGAUGAUGACUCACCACUGAAUGAGUAUUAAACAUUAAAGCUGAAAGUGGGAUGUUUCAGCUGGCUUUAAUGUGUAAUCUGGAUUUAGCGAGACCUGUUGUAUCUCUAGUCUGACAUCCUCUCUCUCUCUCUCUCUCUCUCUCUCUCUCUCUCUCUCUCUCUCUCUCUCUCUCUCUCUCUCUCUCUCUCUCUCUCUCUCUCUCUCUCUAUCAGGAAGUCUGUUUCUCCUCCAAAGACACCUGUCAACCACUCCUCAGCUCCUUCUCCCCAUGGAAUGGGGUCUAGGGUAGAGUGUGGCUCUGGUCAUCCCAAACAAGGGCACUUCCUAAUGAGAGGACCCCCUCCCCAGCCUCCUCCCCACCAGCCUCAGUCCUCUGAACUGUACUACCAGGACCCCCGACCUCCCUACGACACACAGCCCUACCAGCCAGCCAGUGAGUAGAGCCAUGGCACCACAUUUCAGAGACAGUGUUUAUAUAAUUAAAUUAACAGAGGCAAAACACAAUAAUCAGCAACUCAGAUAACACUGACUGUUAGAUAGUGCUGGAUUUAGUUAACUGCUCAUUUGCAUUUGUGUCAGUCAUUCUAUUCAACACUUUUUAUUAUUGCUUUUUAAUGAAUGCAACAUAGAAGUGAAGUGAUUCAAUCUUUCAUUUGUUCCUGGGCCUUUUUGUAUACUCUUUCAUCAUUGAAAUACUGUUUAAAACAACCUUUUCUAGACUCAAUGAUGUUCUCUGUCCCUCCCUGCUCCUCUAGGUAACUACUACACCUCUACAAUGCACCCCCACAAACCCUGCAUGGCCCGCUUCCUGCGUUCCAGCCACGUCCUCGAGUCCUCUCUGCCGCCUUCCAUGGCCCCUCCGUACUCCGAGCAGCACCCCUCCUUCCCCCAACCACGGGAGCGCGCGGGUCCUUCUCCCUACGGCCCCCCACCGGCCCCCCAGUACGGGCCCCUGGCCCCGGCCCAUGGUGGCUACGCCCCACUGUAUGACAGCCGGCGUAUAUGGAGGCCCCAGCUGUACCACCGUGAGGAUGCCAGGAGUAACUCCCUGCCUCCAGAGGUGCUGCACUCCUCUGUGUACCAGCCCCCCCUCCGAGAGCGCUAUGCCUCCCUGGACAGCCCCUACUGCUCAGCAGGAGAGCACAGAGCAGCGCUACACAGGGUACGGGUACAGUAUAGCCGCCUUCACACACAUGCUCCAGCCACCACCUCCACAUGCACACUCCUUAACACGGCUAGCUUUAUCAUGUCUUUCCCAUCCUCCUGCCUCUCCUCCCACUCAGCUCAGCAAACUCAUUCUCACCCACAUCUUCUCUUCCUCCUCCUCCGCCCUUACAUAUCCUUAUCAUUCGACAUUUGAAGGCUAUGAUUAAGUUUGUUGUGUGUGUAUGGUUACAUGGGGGAAACUCUCACCCAAUCCAAACCUUUUUAGGGGGAAGGAACUAGAAUGGGGACGAGAGGAGAGCAAGAAGAGAGAGAGAGAUAGAGGAGAGGAGACAGAUGCGAGACUAAGAUGGUAGGAGUGAGCGAGUACGAGUCUCUGCUAUUGCGAGAUUGAGAUAUGCGCGUAGACGAGGAUCUUGCUCUAUCAUCUCUCUCGUCUCUUCUCUAUACUCUCUCUCGCUAUCUCUUCUCUCAGGACUUGAUGGGCGUGUGUCCUCUUGGAUACGAGGAUCUGUUCAAGCGGAAACAGGAGCAAUGGGCACACCAUCACCACGUCAACAUGAACAGGUCCUCCCAGUCCUCCCCCGUCUUCACCGUAGACUUUGGUGCAGAGGUACGUAGGCCUGCACGCACGCAGAGUGUGUUUGUGCAUACAUUAUGAGAGAGAGAGAGAGGCAUAGAAUGACAGUUUGUGCAUAGAACAAGAGUGAAUGGCAUACUAUAAUCAGUUUUAUCCACUCUUUUGCCCCAUGAAAUCAAGGUCUAGAAAUGCUCACAAAUACAGUACUGUAUAUGUUGUUUGUGUGGGUUUUUGAUUCUGGUCCAAAAUAUGUGUUGAAUACAAAGCUAUUUUAGAGUGUGACUGUUGCUGGGCAACUGGUAGCUAAAGCAUAGGUAGUCGCAGUAUGUUUUUUGGAGUCCUCUGGGAGAGACAAAAGCAACGAAUUAAUUCAAGAAAGGAGAAAAAGGGAAAAGGGGGGGGGAAAAGGAGGAGAAGAAGGAGAAGAAAGAAGGAAGGGAAGCAGAGAGAAGAGAGAGAAGAGAGAGAGAGAGAGAGACGAGAGAGAGAGAAAAGAGAAAGAGAAAGAGAAGAGAGAGAGAGAAAGAGAAAGAGAAGAGAAAUGGAAAGAGAAAGAGAAAGGAGAAGAUGGAGAGAGAGAGAGAGAAGAGAGAGAGAGAGAGAGAGAGAGAGAGAGAGAGAGAGAGAGAGAGAAAGCAGCAGAGAAAAAAAAAAAGAAAAAAUAAACAAACAGAAAGAGAAGCGAGAGUAGGUAGGUAGAGAGGCAGCUGAGGCCACGUCUCGCACUAAAUCUCCUUCCCUCUCUCUCUCUCUCUCUUGAUCUCUCGAUCUCUCACUUCCCUUCCCAUCCUCCCUCCCUCCCUCCCCUCUCUCUCUAUCAGCAUGACAGUGGAGGUGAUCAGUGUAUGAACUGUAAGUACCGUGGAGAGGAGAGUCUGGCCCACUACUCUCCCUGGUCCUGUGGAACCAUCAGUACCUGCAUCAGCCCCUUUGAACCAGAGCAUCACAACGCCUCAGCUCACUCCUGCUCCCAACACUCAGUGAGUCUAACCACAUACACACGCACACGCUUGUAAAAAACUAAACAUAAAUCAACUCAUAUAUCAACCACACACCCUCUUAGAAACAAAACUAUAUAUCAACUCAGACUCAUAUUAAUAAGCCCUAACGAACAUAACAACAUGACAAACACAUUUUAGUGGGUACUGUACAUCAUGAUGACUCAUUGUCUCCACAUUGAAGUAUGGCUUGGAAAAAGUAAUCAAAUAGAAAGCUCAACCUAAAAGUUGAGAGAAAUAAUUAGUAUGUAUGUUCUUAUGUAAUGACUGUGACAAACACUAGUGCAACUUCCAAUGACUUAACUAUAUCAAAUGCUGUAUCUUCCAGGCAGUAGAUAAUGGUGAAGGGAAACGGUGGCUACACACAUUUGAGCCGUACCGCCGUCUGAAAGACGAGGACCCCAUCAUCCCAUUUGGAGAGGGACCCAUCAUCUCUAAAUGGGGGGCUAUCUCCCGCGCCUCCCGUACAGGGUACCACACCACUGACCCUGUCCAGGCCACAGCCUGCCAGAGAAGCAACAGCACCACCCCCAUCAACUUCAGAGGUGAGGAGGGGAUAGUGGUGGCUAGGCUUUAGCUUAGUGGGUUAAUACACUGUUCUGACAGACAGGAAACCUGGGUUCAAACCUUUCGGUUACAGUGGGGAAAAAGAUCUAACAUGCAGAAGUAAAAUGUUGCCCCUAAUUUUGACUUCUUGUCAAUUCUGCUAUACCAUUUGACUUGUGAUCACUUUGAUUGUGUGUACUGAGUGGAACAGACACCUGGAGUGAAAUGACAGCAGUAGUUAUGAAUUAAGAAAGUUAUUCCAUGUUAAUACCAACAACGAUUUUUAUUUAUGAUUCAUUUGUAAUUUAAUGUAAUGAAUGUGGAAUAUUAUGCUCAGAAAGAAAUACACUAUAUAUACAAAAGUAUGUGGACACCCCUUCAAAUUAGUGGAUUCGGCUAUUUCAGCCACAUCCGUUGCUGACAGGUAUAUUAAAUCGAGCACACAGUCAUGGAAUCUCCAUGUGACAAACAUUGGCAGUAGAAUGACCUUACUGAAGAGCUCAGUGACUUUCAACGUGGCACCGUCAUAAGAUGCCACCUUUCCAACAAGUCAAUUUGUCAAAUUUCUGUCCUGCUAGAGCUGCCCGGUCAACUGUUAGUGCUGUUAUUGUGAAGUGGAAACGUCUAGGAGCAACAACGGCCCAGCCGCGAAGUGGUAGGCCACACAAGCUCACAGAACGGGACCGCUGAGUGUUGAAGAGUGUUGAACCUCAACCCCAUCGAACAACUUUGGGAUGAAUAUGAACGCUGACUGCGAGCCAGCCAUAAUCGCCCAACAUCAGUGCCCGACCUCAGUAAUGCUCUUGUGGCUGAAUGGAAGCAAGUCCCCGCAGCAAUGUUCCAACAUCUAGUGGAAAGCCUUCCCAGAAGAGUGGAGGCUGUUAUAGCAGCAAAGUGGGGACAAACUCUAUAUUAAUGCCCAUGAUUUUGGAAUGAGAUGUUCGAUGACCAGGUGUCCACAUACUUUUUGUCAAGUAGUGUAUCUUCAAUUCCAGAGAGGUGCAGAGCUCGCUCGGACCGGCUGCUACGGUAGCACAGAGCAGAAUCGUCUUAACAUGUGGAGGGAUUAUUAUAAUGUGAAUAUAAAUGAAAGUUGUCUUUCAUCUCCAGGCGAGGCUCUGAAUGCACCCAGGCUCUCUGCAGACUCAGUGGAGGCCGAUUCAUUGCAGUAUUCAGUUCAGCAUCGUUUUCAAAAGGGUGGGGAAAUACAUUGUUAUAGGUUGCUCAAUGUUAUUAUUCUAAAUCUACGGUUAUUUCUAUUCCAGAUUAUGGUCCACACAUCGGUCACGGUGACUACAGGUGGAGCUCCCGUGGGUCUGACUCAUCCAGCCACUCAAGUUUCCUAGAGAGGUACAGUAUAGACUCUGUACCAUACUAUACUCUACUGUACCAUACUAUACUCUACUCUACUGUACUAUACUAUACUAUACUAUACUAUACUAUACUAUACUCUACUCUACUCUACUCUACUCUACUCUACUCUACUGUACUGUACUGUACCAUACUAUACUCUACUCUACUCUACUCUACUGUACUAUACUAUACUAUACUAUACUGUACUGUACUGUACUAUACUAUACUAUACUAUACUAUACUAUACUAUACUAUACUAUACUAUACUAUAAUAUACUAUACUAUACUAUACUAUACUGUACUAUACUAUACUCUACUCUACUGUACUAUACUUUAUACCAUAUCUCAUCAUCCCUUUCUCUCUUCCCCCUAAACAUUGUCCUGUUUUAUUUUAUUUCUGUCUUUUUUAGUGUUCGUUUUACUUCAAUGUCCUCCUGUAUGUUUGCAGCUGAGCGUUUGCUUGCUCGCCAUGCAUGUGUAGGAGGUGUUGUUUUCUUACCCUCUUCUCUCCUCCUCCUCCUCUCUCAUUGUGCUGCAGUCGGUUUCCUUUUCUCUCUCCUUAGACUAUAAAUAGAGCGGCUCUCUAAGCUCUCUGCUUGUAUGCUGCCUGUUCACGAUCUGACUCUGACUUACAGUCUCUCUGUGUAUUUGAUUGGAGUGGGGAAUCUAGUCCUAUGUACUCCACAAGUCUCUCUCUUUACUGUCAGUACAUCAGCUAUUUACAUAAUUUCACUCAGAAUACACAUUAAAUAACAGUACAGUAUAACAGUAUAACAUUACAGUAUAAAGGCACUGUUUUACUGUAAUGUUGGAUAUCUGAAGCAGCACAUACAGUUAUUUCAAAUUGCCACUUUCUCUGUGUGUCCACAGUGACCAGCUGGGAGUGUGUGAGCUUGCCGCCCGUGAGCGCUCCUUCAGCAGUGGAGAGAAGGCUGGUGCAGGAGACCUGCUGCAGACUGACUACUGUAAGGACACGACAGAGAGCGAACCGGACAGAGACAUUGAGCUGGAGCUGUCUGUACUAGACAUGGAGGACAGUGACAUGCAGGACAACAGUCAACAAUCUGAGGUGCAGUGAAGUCUUUAUGGCUGCGUUUACACAGGCAGUCCAAUUCUGAUAUUUUUUCCACAAAUUGGUCUUUUGACCAAUCACAUCAGAUAUUUUCACAUCAGAUCUUUUUCAGAUCGCAUUGGUCAAGAGACAAGAAUUGACAGAAUUCGGCUGCCUGUGUAAACGCAGCCAAUGUCCUCUUAAUGUGUCUGAUUGAUUGAUUGAUUGAUUGGUUGAUUGAUAAUGUGUCUCUUUACUCCUAAGGGAGGAUCUGUGUGGGAACUGUAAUGUGGAACAAUGGUACAGCACGGGCUUGAGUGAUGUCAUCUCUGUGCGACUGCUUUUCUAUUACAUCACUGACUGACUUCUUAUCUGGAUGUCCUAGGAGUCCCUUGAGCUGAGGGACCCCCACCUCCUCACCCCUCCCAGCAGUGAACCCCAGAGGAGCCAGACAGACAAGCUGUCCGCUGACAAGAUGGAGGCUCACCUGCUGAAGAAAAUGGCCUUCAGGUGAGCUGGGUCAACAACUAACCUCGCCUCAACCAGUGUCUGGCAACACAAGACUAAUAAACACUAAACACACCAGUAGCAAGGCUGAAUAUUGAUGUGGUCCUUACCUCAUCUAGGACAUUCAAUUAAAUUAAAUCAACUUUAUUUAUCCCCAAGGAGCAAUUAUUUUUGGCAAGCAUGGUCAUAACAUGGUCAUAACAUGGUCAUACACACAUCACAUACACUUGGGUGAGAAAACUUGGCAUAAAAUAAACAUUUGUUCCCUUACUGCAGCUUCUCUGUUACUGUCAAGGAAUAUAAAAUAGAUCUCUUCUAUUUCUUGUUCACUGAUCGGAGCCCAUAUUGUACCUCUGUGUUCCAGGAAGUCUCUCUCCCCUGGUGGUCUGGGCUCAGGAGGCCUCAGUGUGGGGAAGCUGAUGAUGAGGACCGGCCCUCCAAGGCUGGGGGACAUGGGCCCUCGCCCCAACACAGGCCCUGAGAUGCUUCUCAACGGGAGUUGA